AGAGCUGCUGCAGCUGUUUCAGGGCUCAUAAAGUUUGCGUUGGUGGUUUGCAGAACUUUUCAGCUUACUACUCCUUUAAAACAACUUUCCUUUUCAUCAACUUGACUUUUUUUUUUGUUGAACUCUGGGGUCGAUUAGAACAGAGCUUGAUUGUGGAAUGGCUGAACUGGUGCGAAUUCGAAAGAAAAGGCUCCAAAUACCUAUCUCUAGGCUGAGAAGCAUGCUAAAGCAGAUCGAGGAGAAGGAUGUCGAUUUUGAAGAAAUCAAAAAAAAUUUGGAUUUCACGGCAUCGUUACUGGAGGCAGUAUAUCUCGACGGAUCGAGACAGUGUCUGGAGUCAGAGGACGAUCUUCAGCAGCUGCAGUCAGACGGGGUGCCAUCGGAGGUCACUGACUGGCUGGCGUCCACCUUCACCCAGAGGAUUCGACGGCCUUUGAGACGCUCAGAUGAGAAGCCCAAGUUUCGCAGCAUUGUGCAUGCGGUGCAGGCUGGCAUAUUUGUGGAGAGGAUGUUCAAGAGGGCCUACACAGCAACUAUGCCAGACCAACCUGAGGCAGUCGUAAACUGCCUUAGGGAUGUGGACCGUUGGAGCUUUGAUGUUUUUGCUCUGAACUCCGCUAGCUCUGAUCACGCACUACAAACUCUGUUCUUUGAACUGAUCACAAGAUAUGACCUCAACAGCCGCUUCAAGAUUCCCAUCUCAUGCCUGACUGAAUUCCUAUCUGCCCUGGAAAAAGGAUACUGCAAAUACAACAAUCCAUAUCACAACCUCCUUCAUGCGGCUGAUGUGACUCAGACCAUGCACUGUCUGCUGCUGCGCUCCGGACUCGUGCACUGGCUGACAGAGCUUGAAGUGAUGGCUUCCCUGUUUGCUGCAGCCAUUCACGACUUCGAACACACGGGAACCACAAACAACUUUCACAUCCACACAAGGUCAGAGUUUGCUCUGAUUUACAAUGACAGAUCUGUGCAGGAAAGUCAUCACCUAAGUGCAGCAUUUCGCCUGCUGCAGGACGACCAGAUGAACAUCUUCAUUAAUUUGACACGAGAAGAGUGGAUGGAGAUGCGAUCACUUGUUAUAGAGAUGGUUUUGGCCACUGACAUGUCCUCCCACCUACUUCAAGUAAAAGCAAUGAAAUCCCGUCUACAACAACAAGAGCGGAUGGAUAAGCCCAAAGCGUUGUCUCUGUUACUGCACACGGCUGACAUCAGUCAUCCAUCCAAGCCCUGGGCGCUGCACUCUCGCUGGACCAAAGCCUUAAUGGAGGAGUUUUUCAGGCAGGGCGAUAGAGAGGCGGAGCUCGGCCUUCCCUUCUCUCCACUGUGUGAUCGAAAAAGCACCUUAGUAGCCGAGUCCCAGAUAGGUUUCAUUGACUUCAUUGUGUAUCCUACGUUUUCCCUGUUGACGGACAUGGCAGAGAAAAUUGUUAUUCCCUUGGUGGAGGAAAACCCAGGUCCCCCAGAUCCCUGCAACAGACACAGUAAUCUCUGGAAGGAGAGCUCCAGGGGUCUGCAGUGGAGUCUGGCACACAUCACAGCUGAGCUGGUGAGCUUUCGCUCGACUUGGACUCGACACACAGAAGACAACAAGCUCAAAUGGAAAGAGAGUGGCUCAAAUGGAUUUUCUGACUCCAGUGUUACAAAAGAACAACGAUCAAGGGAGGAGGAGCUUUCAGAAAAAUCUCUGCAAGACAGCAGUGAAAAUACAAAACAGUAGAAGGGACUUUCUUAUGAUUUGGGCUUGUUACCAAGAAUUUCUACACUGUUAAACUGAGGCUGGGAAUCACUUUUUGUAACAAAACCACACAAUCUUUUGUUAUAAUGUGACAGAGAAGGAGGCAUGAUUAGACUUAAGAUCAUUUUCCAAAGGUAAGAUGAUGUGCAAUACAUACAUAUGUCAUUGUGUCUUAUUUCAAGAGUAAGUUGUACACCACAGUAAUUUAAAUGGAAAGUCGACAUGCUGGUCAUGUCAUUUAGUUGUCAGACGUUUUUAUUUAAAUUUCCACUUAAACACAACAGAAGCUUUUUCCAGUUGUAGUUAUAGAACUACGCUGACAUAUUUAUCCUGCAUUAAACUCUAAACAUACAUCA